AUGAGCGAGUUAAACUUUUGUCCCGACUGCAAUAAUCUGUUAUAUGCCAAACAAGAUAAUAAUCGGAAUCAAUUAAAGUUUAUCUGCCGGCAAUGUGAUUAUCAUAGUUGGGCGGAUCCGCAAUCGUUGAAGGAUAAUUGCGUAGACCGUAUCAACUACAACUUCCGGUCCAAAGAAGAUAUUUUUGUAUCUCCGAACAUGGUAAAAGAUCCAGCCUUGGGCCGGACUAAGGCCUGGCAUUGCCGUCGCUGUGGGUGUAACGAGGCCAUCUUCUUUCAGCUUCCAGAGAGAGUUACUGAGGAUGCAAUGACAUUGGUUUUUGUAUGCACUAAUAGUGGCUGUAAUAAUUGGGAGAAACAGUCCAAGGAGGAGGAUGCUGAUAUGGCUGAACAGGAUGUGUUUGACGAUUCCUUAUGGAGUCAACCCACCACUCAACUAAUCAAUUCCAUCAACGGCAUGAACGUACACGAAUCAACCAUUGGGGACUAUGGAGACCUUUUCGGAGAAGAUGAGACACAAUAA